AUGGACUCCGAAGGCAUUGUCUCAAACAAAAUGCAGACCAUGAACAAACAUCAGUCAAGGCAUACUCCUGCCAUUCAGGAUCUUUCCACUAUUUCAAGGACAAACCAGGAUGAUGAUAUCUCCCAGGAUCACUUUUCAUUCAGACAAAGCCAGGACAUGGAUCAAUGGACUUUAAGCACAACAGACUCAAUAGAGUCCAGCCCCAUCGUUACCCAACCAGAGACACCCGAGGUUGCUAUGCUGUCAUAUUCAUUUUCCCAUCAACUUAUUCCUAGCACAAGCAUCAAUGACACAGCCGCUAUGUUUCCCUCGCUGUCUGAUAUACCAGCUGCCGGAGGUAUCCAUGAACAUGCCGAGAUGGACUUCCCACAUACACACCACUUUGCCCAGGCUUUUGCUUCUUCUUUGUUUGAAUAUAACUAUGAGAAUGAUGACGCAGCUCGGGGGUGUAUGCAAGAUGAUACAGCAUCACAGGGCCACACUUCGCACCAUGAAGAUGGUCAAUUGUUUUCCACACAAGAUACCUGGAAUUUGUCCCUGGACACAGCGAACCUUGCUGGAGCCAACUUUGACCAUCUCUCGCAUGUAUUGUCGCCACCAGUAUCUCCACCCUUGACGGAGUCUAGCCAGGCUUCUACAUCUUCCCAGGCGGCUUACUCUUUCCCGGGAAAUGAGGAUUCGUUAAUGAGCGACCCAAAGAUUAGUGUCCACGACCCAUUCCACCCACUUUCGCCGCCUUUGAACGAACAGGAUCCCAACAGGAAAUCAGACCCGGAAGCCUACGCAUCUUUGCAAAUGGGAGAGUCAGUACGACAAACCAAGGAUAAAUCCGAGAUUAGGACCCCCAGGGAUCAUCCGUACUAUUCCCUGCCAACCGCGAAUGACGGGAAAUACUACUGCCCCUUCGCUAAUGGAGAGAACCCUUGCACCCACCCACCAACAACUCAGAAAUGUGCUUAUCACAAAUACUUGGAUUCCCACUUGAAGCCAUAUAGAUGUAAAGUCACUGCUUGUGCUGCACAGAAUUUGCACUUUUCCUCCAACGCUUGUCUUUUCCGCCACGAGCGUGAAGCGCAUGGAUUCCAUGGCCAUGGAGACAACCCGCACCUAUGCCUUUUCGAAGGAUGCGAACGAGCCGUUCCUGGAUAUGGAUUUCCCCGCCGAUGGAAUCUUUUUGACCACAUGAAGCGAGUUCAUGAUUACACCGCUUCGGAACAGCCCAGUUCCCCAGAGACCAAUGCUACUGGCCAAGUCCUGAAGAAGAAGGAUCCCGCAGGCAUACGUAAGAGGAGAGUCACUAAGACAGUUACGGCACCAACCAUGAAGAGAACCAAAUCAACUUCUUCCCAAGGAAAUACUAUGAAGACCAACCCAGUUCAACACGGUCAACGGCUCCAGAAUGCCGAGCGCAACUAUUAUAACUGUCGCGCGCGGUUACUGGAAAAGCUUGCCAAUAUCACCCCUCAGGACUCAGUCAUGCAUGAAAAAGCAAAUGCCAGUCUUCAGGAGCUUAUUACACUAGGACUGAACUACCGACAGCUGGAAGCUAGCUCUGCUGCCACUCAGUUGGCCAAUGGGGUCUGA